UGCUGUGGCUUUCCUUCCACAACAGAAGAGCCAAAAAGCUACAAACUAAUUCUUGCUUUUCUUCCAUCUUCAGGUUGUUGCUGAUUGUGCUUAAAGACAGCGAACACCUGGGGGAGAGAAGACAAUCUCUGACCUUAGCCCCAUGGUCUUUUGGGAAGUAGUAAUUAGGGGGCCGAUUUUUCUAGGCAACUUAUUUUUUUUGCAAGCUAUUGCAUCUUCAACAUUUUUUAAAUGGCUAAUUGUUGUAAACAAAGGGUACAACAAUGAUGUACCAGAUCUAAUUUUUUUGGUUGAGGGAGCUCAUUUAAUAGGAUUGCAAAAGGGAAAGGAAGCCUUCUGAGGCAGGAAAGGGAAGAGAGAUGUGAUGACGAAUUUCCUGGCUAGAUUUUUUCCAUGGAGUUAGGAAUCUGGUGAAGUCAAUGCAAAAGAUGUUCUGUUAAAUAUUUAUUUUUGGAUUCAGGCCUCAACACAGGAGAAUCAACGGAGCUCUCAUUAGAUCCUGACUGUGGGCAUAUGUUAAUGUAGUUGGAAUCAGCACCAGAAGCAGUCCAGGAGCGAAGAUGACUUGCAAAGAUGUUUUGGUCUUUCCAGUCCAGUUUGGGGAAAAUCUUGAACUCUAUUUUGAAGAUGAUGAAGAAGCUCUAGAGUGCGACUCCCUGAGGAAAGAAAACUGCAUCUGUCAGCAAGUCUUUCGAAACAUCAACAGUCAAGUACUCGUGGUGCGGUCAGAUUCAAAUGUAGGGGUAUUCGAAUCUGCGGCAGAUCAAGAGGUGAAAUGUGGGAGUGGAAUGCUAUUCACCAUUCACUAUUAUUCAGAAACGGGUAUACCUGAAACCGGGCCGGCUGUAGCAUUCAGUGUCCAAGCAGGUAGCAAGACUUACUGUAUGUACUGCACGAAUGAAAGCGGGAAAAGAAUGGUUCGAUUUCGGGAAGGAGAGCCUCCCAAGAACGUUGAAGACAAAAUAAUAGACAUUGUUUUUAUUCAAAAGCUGUUUACACCAGGAGACAGCAUGUCAUUCAAGUUUGAAUCUUUGCUGAUGCCAGGAUAUUUCUUGGCCUUUGCAGAAGAGGACAGCUUAAUGAAACUGAUUUUAAAGAGCUGUGAGAGUGGAGAUGAAGUAGACGAGACCAUGAAGAUACAUUUCUACGCUUAAACUAAACAGAAAACUACUCUAAAAGAAACUGCAUAAGCUGUUUCUUGGCUGCCUUUUAAAACAUCUUACAUGGCAGUUAAUUACCAACUUUUUUGUAAUUUUAAUAAAGCAA